AUGUUAACUGCUCGGAUCCGCGACACCAUCUCCGAGUGCAUCUCCCAAGCUCAGUCAGGCUCUGACGAAGCCAAGGAGAGAGCCCUUCAAACGCUCGCUUCGAUCACCAGAGUCAGCCCUCUAAACCGGAGCUCGCUUGCUCAAGCAGAUGGAGCGAUCCCUGCUUUCCUCAGGCUCACCGAGUCCAACUCAACCGUUCUUCAAGCCCUGUCGCUCUCCAUCCUUUUCAACCUCUCCCUCAACCCGGACCUCAAGCGACCCCUAGCAGACAUGGAGACCAUGCACCAUCUCAACUCCAUUAUCCUGUCUCCGGGCUCCCCUGAAUCCAGCAGGCUAGCUGCCUCCCUCAUUUGCAGCCUCGCCAUGCUCGACAAGAACAAGGCCAAAUUUGGGGUCGCAGGUACCAUCCAAGCAUUAAUCAAGGCGAUCUCAGGGCCACCUAAAGUGGCCUCGCACCACUUGCUGAGCUCACUGGCUGAGCUCGUGCAGUUCCACGGCAAUUGCACCCUGGCUGUCCGAUCGGGUGCAGUACCGAUGCUCCUCGGGUUGGUGGCGACCGCUGAGGGCGAGGACUUGGCAGGGACCUCCUUGGCCAUCUUGUGCCUCCUAGCCCGGUUCGACGAAGGACUGAACGCUUUGAUACGGACGGAUAAGAUCGUCACCUCAAUGAUGAACGUGCUGAAAGGGAGGUGCAUGUUGAGCAAGGAAGGCGCGGCCGAGAUCCUUGUCCGGCUCUUCGACGAGAGCGACGGGUGCACUCGAGAGGCUCUGAGAUUGCCGGAGUUCUCAACUGUUCUGGCUGAUCUUUCGGUUCGAGGGUCGGCGAGGGCGCGGGAGAAGGCCGGCUUCUUGAUGAGGAAACUGAUGGAGGCUUACUCUUACGCUGAUGGGAACGAGUUGCCCCUCCAAUGGUAA